AUGCCUUGCAAGUGGCAUUUCAACCCACCGGGAUCGCCACAUUUUGGCGGGAUAUGGGAGGCUGCCGUCAAAAGCGCAAAAACCCAUUUGAAGAAAGUGAUCGGUGCUCAAGUAUACACGACCGAGGAAUUUACAACUCUCAUAACGCGGAUCGAAGGCGUCUUGAAUUCUCGACCGGUGCUACCGCUCUCCAGUGAUCCAAACGACUUAGGCGUGUUGACCCCAAGUCAUUUUCUAAUCGGGCAACCGUUAUUAGCACUUCCAGAGAAGGAUAUAGUCGAUACUCCAACUAACUGUUUGAGUCGUUGGCAAUUACUCUGCCAAGCUCAACAGUCGUUUUGGGGUCGUUGGAGCAAUGAGUAUCUGCACACCCUACAAGGAAGGCAAAAGUGGUUUAAGCAGACACAAAAUCUGUCUGUUGGCGACCUUGUAGUCAUCAACACACCGUCACGACCGCCCAUGGCGUGGCAGAUCGGUCGAAUCAUCCAGGUCCAUCCAGGUGUAGAUAACAUUGUGCGUGUAGCGACUGUCAAAACGCAAGACGCUAUCCUCAAACGUUCUGUUGUCAAAUUGGUAAGACUUCCAGUGGAUCCAAGACCUUAA